AUGAAAACAAUAAUAUCAUCUGCAGCUGCAACAGCAGCAACAAGAACAACCAUUUUCAACUAUGAUGUCCAAUUUGGAAGGUUUUGUAAUAACAAGAACAGUAACAAAGGUUGCUGCUUUCUCUCUGUGCAUUCUUUUUCACCACCGAAAUUGAGUCCUAAACAACCCCACAAAGUUAAUCUAGUGUUUUUAACCGAAGCUGCUGAUUCAAGUCAGGCUUCUUCUUCUACUACUUCUGCUUCGAAAACUAUUGUUACUGAUGAGGAGUUCUCUCUUGCUAAGGUCUCAUUUGGUGUCAUUGGACUGGGUUUGGGGAUUUCACUCCUGUCGUACGGUUUUGGGGCAUAUUUUAGCAUCCUUCCAGGAUCUGAAUGGUCAGCGCUAAUGCUAACAUAUGGCUUCCCUCUUGCAAUAAUUGGUAUGGCCCUCAAGUAUGCAGAACUGAAGCCAGUGCCAUGCUUGACUUAUUCUGAUGCUGAGAUGUUAAGAGAAAAAUGUGCCACUCCAAUCCUUAAACAGGUCAGGAAUGAUGUUAUAAGAUAUCGAUACGGAGAUGAGCAGCAUUUGGAUGAGGCAUUGAAACGAAUUUUCCAGUAUGGUCUGGGUGGAGGAAUUCCAAGGCGGAAUGCACCUAUUCUGCAGAUGAUUCGUGAAGAUGUCACAGAGGAUGGUAAAUACUGCCUAGUCCUGGUCUUUGAGGCAAAAGCUUUGCAGUUGUCAGAUUUUGAGAAAAGACAGGCAAAAUUUACUUCAUUCUUUGGACCAGAUAUCACAGCUGAAAUUGGGAAGGGGGAGAACAAUUUAUACGAAGUUCGGCUUAUUUCCAACUUAAAUGCCAACGCAUCACCUUCGUGA